CACGGGACGUUAACUUCAACUAAUUGGUCAAAACACGAACACGCUCUUUCUCUCUGAAAACCAAUAUACGGAUCGCAACAGUUUGCGAUUAACGUGCUUCUCCUCUUAAUCCGCUCUUCGUUUUUUGUUUUUUCAUUGACAAAUAAUCACCUUCACACCAAUUCAUUCAACGUUUCAAUGGCAACAACUACAAUUCAAACAACUCUAUCCGCAACGACAAAAAUCACCCCUCCAAGAACCAAGCUUGUUUGCUUCUCUUUUGCUGCCUACGCCAAGAACCUCAUCGACCAUUUAAGAUCCCUCAACAUUCCGAUUCUUCCUGGCCUAAACGACGAUGAAUUUACUUUCAUUGAAUUCACUUUAAACUUCACUUUCCCUCCUGACCUCCGCUCCAUUCUCAGGGAAGGCCUCCCCGUCGGUACCGCAUUCCCCAAUUGGCGUUCUUCUUCUCAACAACAGCUUCAGCUUCUUUUAAAUCUCCCCUUUUUGUCCCUGUCGAGAAACGUAGCUCUUAACAACUUUUGGUCUGAUUCUUGGGGGCAAAAGCUGCAAGAAAAGAAUCAAAGUUUGUCAUUGGUUAACCAAUUAUUACAGAAAGCACCGGUUCUUGUUCCUAUAUAUAGAAACUGUUAUAUUCCCUCGACGCCUAAUAUCGCCGGGAACCCCGUGUUUUACAUCGACAGUGAGGAGGUCAAAGUUUUGAGCUUUGACCUCGCGGGGUUUUUCAAAGAAGUUGAGUUCUCGCAAGCCGGUGUUUUUAAGUCGAUCAAUAAUAUUGAGAUGCCUGUUUGGGCGGCGAAAGAGGCGCGGAGGAUUGAGUUUUGGACGGAGGCGGCGGAGAGAGGGAAGAAGGUGGUGGCGCGUGGAGACACGCGCGGGUGGUGGAACGGCGGUGGUGGUGGUGAAGUUGGGGUGGGGUUGGAUUGUUGUUUGGAGGGAGUGUUUUGGAAAUUGAGAGAUGGAGGAUGGAGGGAAGAAGAGGUUAGGGAGAUGAUGAUGAUGAACGGGUGUGAUGAGAAGGAGGGGGUGAAGAGUGGGGUCCAAUUAGGGGGGUCGAAUUAUAGAGAGAGUGUAGUGUGGCAAAUGAGAGUAUUGUCUCUGGUAUUAUUACGUGCGGGGUGGAAGAGGGAAGAAGUGGUGUACUCGCUUAAUCUUGAAGAUGAUGGUGAUUUUGUUGAAGGAAUGUUGUAAAGAAGAGGAGGAACAUGAAAUGAAGGAAUUGAAUAGUCAUGCAUAUACUACUUACUAAUUCAUUGUUCAUCUUACAUUUAAUUAUAUACAGAAAUUUCAUUAAUAUGAAAA